AUGGAAAACACCAGUUUUGGAGCUGAAAACAUGACCGGAGGCACUAUGCAGCAAGAGGGAUUUACAAGCUUUAAGAUCUUUGUAUUAUGCAUUUUCUUUGCUACCUUUGCAGUUGGUCUCAUUGGAAAUGGGCUUGUAAUAUUUCUGACUGGCUGCAGAAUGAAGACGACUGUCAACUCCAUUUGGUUUCUCAACUUAGCGAUUGCAGACUUCCUCUUCAUGUUGUCUUCAAUCGUAGAUCAUCUUUCAACUUUGGGCCAGUUGAGUCUUUACUUCAUGAGUUACAUUGUCCAGCUAAUGUUAACUCUAAAUCUGUAUGCUAGUAUUUUCUUUCUUGUAGUUAUCAGUCUGGACCGAUGCCUGUGCACAUGGAUGGUUGUCUGGGCUCUAAAUAAACGAACUACACUUAAAGCCAAGAUCAUCGGCAUAAUUGUGUGGGUUACAUCCAUCAGCUGCAGCUUUCCAUCCUUUGAAGUUUUUAGGUUUACUUUUACAUUUCUGACAACAUAUGACUUUACAGUGGCCUUCCUCAUCCCCUUUCUGAUCAUUGCAUCUUCAUACACAGCUAUUGGAGUACGACUCAAACGCCUCAAAAGAGGAAAGCAGCUCAGGACGUACCGAGUCAUUAUAACUGUAACUCUGGCUUUUUUCAUAUGUUGGUUUCCAUACCAUGCUAUAAAUUUCUAUAUAAUAACCGCAGAAGAAAAUAACUGGAGUGCCAGUCAUAUACAAGUAAUUGAGACAGCAGCAACCGUCAGUACCUACCUGGUUUAUCUCAACAGCUGUCUGAACCCCAUUCUCUAUGUGUUCAUGUGUGAUGAGUAUAAGAAGAAGCUUAAACAGUCUCUGCUGCUGGUGCUGGAGACGGCUUUUGCUGAAGAUCAUCUGGACUUUAAGACAGACGCAAAAGAACGAUCAGGACAUGAAAACCCAACUGAAUUGUUAGAUAUGUUGAAAACCGGUCCCUAAAUUAUAAACCUGGAUCUAAUCCAGUAUGUUUAUAGCCCUUAUCUAGUAACUUGUAAAAAAAACAGCAACUGCAAAAGUCAUGUUUGGAGCAUGACUGUGUAUAAAGUGUGUUGUAAAACCAAACAGAGAACAUCUCUUCAAGCUAACGAUCUUUAUAUAUGUUUGUGAAACUUCUCAUAAUUUGUCCUGCUGAUUUCUGUUUGAACUUUAUUCUGAAUAAAACAACAGUGUAUCAUAAAAUGUUACCUCCACUGUGUUAAAUACACUGUAAGGGACCGGUGUAUUGAGGUCUUACCCCACUGAGUAAAACAAUUCACAGACAAAAUGAACAUUCCCAUAGAGUUUACAAAAUUAUAAAAUUUGAUGUUUUCUUAAAGUUUGCAAAAAUAAAAUAAAAAUAAACAAUUUUUUGAAUGUUCAGAGAACAUACAGAAGUAACAUUUAAAUGGGAACUUCAUGGUAAUGCUAUAGCAAAAUGUCAGCUGACUGGUACUGAGGUUUUUAAUCAUUAAAUUUUGUAAAACAGCUGUGUAAGGAUUCACCCGCCAAUCCAAAAUGCAGAAUCCAGUGCCUGGUUGAAUUUCUUUUGUGGUGCUU